CUUCUCAGAGACUGAUGACGCGCCCGAAUCCUGAGUUCUGAUUGGUCAGAGCGCGGGUUAUAAAAGCCCCGCCUCCUUUGCUCAGAACAUUCCCGCUGAACCCCGGACAGGACAGAGUGUGGAGUGUUUAUCUCAUCUAUAAACUAGAGUUUUACCCGAGGAUUAAAUAUGUGAGAACUUUUUAAAGAUUAUUAUUAAUCUUCUCUCUCACUGGAUCAGAGUUUAUACUGAGAGAUGUGUCGCUGCAGUGCAGUUAUAAAAACUCUGAUUUUCCUCAUAUUUUAUCUUAAUCUUUCAUCAGCAGUCACACACACUCUGCAGUACGUCUACACUGGAGUCACAGGAAUAAAUUUCCCAGAAUUCACUCUUGUGGGUCAGGUGGACGGACAGGAGAUUGAGUACUAUGACAGUAACAUUAAGAAGGCGAUCCCGAAGACGGAGUGGAUACAGAAGCAUGAGGGAGAAGAUUAUUGGAACAAUGAGACACAGAAAAGUCAGGAAUGGCAGGAGAUUUUCAAAGUCGAUAUGGAAACACUGAUGGGUCGUUUUAACCAGACUAAAGGAGUUCACACACUACAGUGGAUGUACGGCUGUGAGCUGAAUGAUGAUGACGGCACCAUUAGAGGAUAUGAACAGCACGGAUAUGAUGGAGAGGAUUACAUCAGCUUUGAUCUGGAGACUCUAACCUGGAUCGCUCCGACACCUCAGGCUGUGGAAACCAGGGACAAGUGGGAUUCAAAUAGUUGUUAUAAUAAGAAUAAGGAGAACUACCUAAAGAACACCUGUGUCGAGAUGUUGAAGAAGCACCUUUCUUACGGCAGAGAGACUCUGGAGAGGAAAGUUCGUCCCGAGGUGUCACUCUUUCAGAAAGAAGCCACUUCUCCAGAGGUGGUGUGUCACGCUACAGGUUUCUUACCCGAAGCAGUGAUGAUCACCUGGCAGAAGGACGGAGAGGACGUGCAUGAGGACGUGGAGCUCAGAGAGACAUUACAUAACCAGGAUGGAAGCUUUCAGAAGAGAAGCAUUCUGAAAGUCCCAGCUGAGGAGCUGCAGAAACACAACUACACAUGUGUGGUUCAGCACAGCAGCUUGGAGAAGGACAUCGUGCUAAAUGUGAGCUAUCGCCAAAUCCUGAAAGGUCAGAGAAACACAGAUGGAGCACCAAGUGCUAUCAUCGCUGCUGUAGUCGCGGCUCUAGUUGUUCUCGUCGCUCUCAUCAUUUUCAUCGCCGUUGUUGUUGGAAUUGUGAUCUGGAAGAGGAACUCUGGCUUCACACCUGUUGCACAAAACUCUGCUCAAGCCUCUGAAGGAGAUUCUUCCUCCAACAACUCCUAAAGUCUGACUGUGUGUCUUCCUGCUGAACUGAGAGAGUAAGACAUGAUGGAGUUUACAGUCUAAUAUGGAAUAAACAUCUGUGUGUGGAGAGAAAAUCCAGCAGAAAAGCCUGAACUAACAUUCAGUCUCAGCUCAGAGCUCAUCCUGUUUCUG